AUGAUACGUGGUAAAGGAAGGCUCAGUGCGGUGAGAGGAGACCAUUGGGAGAGAAACGGAGGGAAUCUGAACCAGAAAGUCUUGGAUGAGCUGCGAGAUAUGAGAACACUGAUAAACAAUUCACGAAGAGGCAACAGGGUGCAGAUAGCAGAGGCAAUAGAAGUGGCAUAUAAAUAUCCAUUUACCUAUGAGAUAAUGUACGAGGACAUCCCAGAGAAAUGCGUGCUACCAACGCUACCAAGCAUAUUCAGCGGAUCUGAGAGUGCUGUGCAGCACUUGAAACAAUACACCCUUUCGAUGAUGCAAUGUGGACGAAAUGAUGCGGUACUUUGUCGAUACUUCCCUGCGAGCUUGGCCGGGGAAGCAUUGGCCUGGUUUGAUGGACUACCAAAAAGAUCGAUUUCGUCGUUCAAAGACUUACAGAGGAUAUUCUUGAGCACUUAUAUAACUAACAACAUGUUGAGGCCAGGAAUCGAAACUCUAUUCAAUUUGAGAAGGAGACCCACAGAAAGCCUGCAAGGGUUGGUGAUGAGGUGGAGAACGGUAUGCAGCGAGCUUGCAGGAAGAGUUGAUGAGAAAAAUUUCAUCUUAGCUUUCGUGAACGCUUUAAUCCCAACUGACCUGCUGUACACCCAAAUAUUCAUUAUUCGAAACUCUUUGACGAUGAAUGGAUUGAGAGAGUACCAAGAGGAGUACAUAGCCUUGGAAGAAAAGCAGAGGCAAGUUAGCAAAGUGGCACGGAUUCCAGCGAAAGAGGGAAAUUCAAGGCUAUUACUAAGGAUAGUGCAUGUCGUGGAGAAUGAUUCGAAACAUGAGAAGGGAGAGCCUUCAAGAAUCAACCGGAGAUCAAGAAUGGAUCGAUCAACAAAGGAUUUGAAGCUCCCUAGGCUUAACACGACUGUGGAAAAGGUGUGGGAGGCAAUAGUGUUAACAGAGGAGAUCCCACCACCACCCAAUUUGGGAAGAGAGCCACCCCUAAGGACCAGGAGUCAUGAUUUAUGCAAAUAUCAUUGUUUUCAUGGGAACCACACAAAGGACCGUCGAAACAUUCGACGAAUUAUACUUCGUCUGAUAGAGCAGGGAAAACUCGCACAUUUUCUGGAAGGCUAUGUGCCACCGCCACCACCACUUCGUGAUAAUGAGAAGAUAUACCGAAUUGAAAUAGAUCGAGAGCACAAAAGAUAA